AUGAGCAACGAAGCAGCACCCGCCAAGGCGAGAGCGGCGUUCAGCGAGGGACCUGGUCACACCCACACCACCAAUACGCUGCCGCCGCCGCCCGCACCACCCAUCGCCAUGCUCCUGCCGACCGCGCCCGCGGGUGCAAGCAAGAAGCCACCGAAGGAGAGGAAGGAAGAAGCCCCCAAGAAGCCACCCACAGAGAGGAAGAACUGUCGAGCGUCCUCGGGCAGCUACGACUACAGGGGCAUCUUGCCUCCCGAGUUUGGCGGCACUCGCGCGCAGGAAGAUGACGACCCCGACAAGUUCAACAAGAAGUGAGUGUGGGCGAAGGGGCGAGGAGGGGGAGAAGGGGGAAUGGAUAGGGUCUGUCUCUAUCCUUUCUUGGUGCUGCAGGUUGGUGGAAGUCAAGCGGACCCUCAAGGAGCACAAGGCAUGUAUUGUCAGCGUCCUCCUGGCUGGCGAGCCUGGGUAUGAUGAGCAAUCAGCCAGGCUCAGCCCAUCCUUCUGUUUCUUAUCUAUCGAUCUCCUGCUCAUUCAGGGUCGGCAAGUCGACGUUUUCGAACCGUGUGCGUUCCAUUUUGAAGGCGAAGGGCCCGAGCGACAGUUUCGUCCAGGUGAGACACGCGGCGGCAGCACCAUGCCUUCGUCAUUCUGUUGUGAUUGAUCGUGUCCCGCGCUGCAUGCAGUUCACUCGCACGACUCCGGGCAGCCAUGAGGGCAGCGUCACAUCGACGUUCGAGACGUACGAACUCGGCGGCAACAAGCGUGUCCUUCUGCAAGACGGCAAGGGUGCGCACGGUCGCUCACGCUUCAUCAUAGCGAUCCUCUCUCUCUCUCUCUCUGUGUGUGUGUGUGUGUGUGUGUUUAGGUCUCGAGGAUGGUGACACCGACCUGCUGGAGCUUGCCGUCACGGGCCGCCUGAGAAAUGGGUAUGACAUGACGACUCCGAUGGACAAGAUCAAGGAGGUUCUGGCCAAGAACGGCAUGGGAGGCGCCGCUGAUCUCACCAAGGAAGAGGAGAAGAUCAUCUCGCUCCUGCGGUAGGGACCACAGGACGCAUUGCCACAGAUCACACACAACAACUCGUCGCUGUCUGUGGGUUUGUCUGUCUGCAUGUGUCAGACUUGGCAGUGAGGCCGAGUGUGAGGACUACCUCCCAAGGCCGUGUUCCUGGUCCUCGAUGCUUCGAACACGGGCGACACAUCCCUCGACCAGUAUCAGGAGUUCGUCAGAGUGAUCAACAGUAAGUAUCACACACACACACACACAUACACGCGCAGACACUCAGACACACACUCCUUGACAACAUGUCGGCCCUGCAUCCCCCGCAUCUCUCUCUCUCUCUCUCUGUGUGUGUGUGUGUAUGUGUGUGUGUAGAACACAAGGUGAAGCUCAUGGUCAUCCUCAACAAGUGCGACAAGAUCAUCGAGGGCCCCGAGGAGCGCAAGGCCGUCAGGGAUGACCCCCUGUCGAUCAUCGAUCAUCCGGACAUCGAAGACAAAGUCGAGGAGGUCUCGGAGACCCUGGGGUGGGCGAUACGCACGCAACACAAACAUGUACACACACUACCCAACGACCUGUGCUGUUGGUGUGCAUUCAGUGUUGAGAGCUACAACGUGUUUCCGAUGAUCAGCCGGCCCAGAUCGACGCAGCUGAGCCCCGCCCAAAGCCUGGUGAUCCUGCGACCGUUUGCAUUCGUCAUGACCAACCUCAAACGCUGCAACAGGGAGUAAGCGAGCAGCACACCGACUUGACAGGAAGCCACGCAUUCUGUGUAUAUGUCACGUGGUGUGUGUGAAUGUGUGUGUGUGUGGCGGCUGCAGGAAGCUGCUCGACCAAGAGGCAGUGGAGUACUCUGACGGCGAGGACAUCGAGUCCGAAGAUGAGGAUGACGACGGAGUAGACGACACCGAAGACGACGCAGCGGUAGGUAGUGCACAACACACAUCCACAGUGUCCAUCGACCCAUUCUUUUCUCCUCUGUGUGCUGCAUAUGAAGU